AUGUCCACCGACCGCAUCGCCACCGAGCAAGAGUUCUCCAAGCUGGAGAUGCUGCUGGUCCAGACGGCGGACGACGCGGUGAACUGCCUCAAGAUGCUCAAGGGCAACAUCGCCGACUACGACAGUCGCCACGGCCUGCGCUUCAUCAGCACGAGCAAGGCCUUCCUGAGGGGCGACAUCCGCGCAGCGAAGGACACGACGGCGGAGAUCACAGUGGCUCGCAGCGCCAUGAACGCGACGUCCGACGUCAUGAACGACUUGGCAGCCGCCGGUCGCGCUUACGACGAGAACAACUUGAAGUCGAGGGGUAUCACGGGCGCCGUGACCGACAUGCUCAGCGGAGGUAACAACAAGGGCCAGAAGAAGAAGAAAGGCAAGGGCAACCAAAGUGUCGAGGACCCGAAGCGUGUGGGGUCCGAGCGGAUCCUUCGAGCCCCCGACACGGUAGAGGAAGUCGUGGAGUCGACUCUGCGCGACUGCUUCAGUGGCUUCUCGGCGCUGAAACUUCAGGUUUCAGUCGCGGAGGAGUCGCUGUCGCCGCUGUUCGCAGAGCGAAGCAAUGGGUCGGUAGCGUCGGACGCACCGUGA